UUGGCGGGUUCAGCUUCCACCACCAUGGCUCCUGUGUCGGGCUCACGUAGCCCUGAAAGGGAGGCCUCCGGGGGAAAAUGGCGCAGUUCGUCGAGGAGCCCUGAGCCCAGCAAGUCUUCCCGCUCCCCGCAGGGUCGCCGCUCUCGCUCGCGCUCUUGUUCUCAGCUCUGUGACCGGAAUGGUCUGAGCCAUUCGCUGAGCGGCUUCAGCCAAAGCUCUCGAAACCAGUCUUACCGCUCCCGCUCUCGAUCGCGUUCUCGAGAGCGGCCCUCUGCGCAGCGGAGUGCCCCUUUUGCUUCUGCAUCCUCGUCUGCCUAUUAUGGCGGUUACUCGCGCCCCUACGGGGGCGACAAGCCCUGGCCAAGCCUGCUGGACAAGGAGAGGGAGGAGAGUCUGCGGCAGAAGAGAUUAAGUGAAAGAGAGAGAAUUGGAGAAUUGGGAGCUCCUGAAGUUUGGGGACUUUCUCCAAAGAAUCCUGAACCAGACUCUGAUGAACAUACACCAGUAGAGGAUGAAGAGCCAAAGAAAAGCACUACUUCAGCAUCUAGUUCAGAAGAUGAAAAGAAGAAGAAAAGGAAAUCUGGUCAUUCAAAAGAAAGAUCCAAGAAAAAGAGAAAGAAAAAGUCAUCUAAAAGAAAACAUAAGAAAUAUUCUGAAGACAGUGACAGUGACUCUGAAUCCGAAACAGACUCCAGUGAUGAAGAUACAAAAAGAAGAGCAAAGAAAGCUAAGAAAAAAGAAAAAAAGAGAAAACGGAGGACGAAGAAAUCUAAGAAAAAGAAGUCUAAGAAGAACAGAAAAGACUCCAGUGAUUCAAGCUCCAAAGAGUCCCAAGAAGAAUUUCUAGAGAAUCCUUGGAAGGAUCGAUCAAAGGCAGAAGAACCAUCAGAUCUCAUUGGCCCAGAGGCUCCCAAAACACUUGCUUCCCAAGAUGAUAAGCCUUUGAACUAUGGCCACGCUCUGUUACCUGGUGAGGGUGCAGCUAUGGCUGAAUACGUGAAAGCUGGAAAGCGAAUCCCACGAAGAGGAGAAAUUGGCUUGACGAGUGAAGAGAUCACAUCAUUUGAAUGUUCGGGUUACGUAAUGAGUGGUAGCAGGCAUCGUCGAAUGGAGGCCGUGCGACUGCGGAAAGAGAACCAGAUCUAUAGUGCAGACGAGAAGAGAGCCCUUGCAUCCUUUAACCAGGAAGAAAGACGGAAGAGGGAGAACAAGAUUCUGGCCAGCUUUCGGGAGAUGGUGUACAGGAAGACCAAAGGGAAAGAUGACAAGUGA